UAAUGACGUAAUACCCAAUGUGUACAUGUACAAGGGCUAUCAGUCAAUUCGCUGACAGCACGGAGAAGUUGUAGUAAUCACCAAGGUAUGACCUGUUCAGUGAAUACGUUAUCACUGUGUACCGUAUACAGGUAGGGACCCAACAGGAGCAUACACAGCACAUUAGUCUGUGGGUGACAGGUGUGCACCGGGGAAUUAUGUGAUACCAUUCUAACUUACCAACUUCUGUGCCUGAUGUACACUUCGCUGGUUCACGUGUAGGAUAAGGAUUUUUACUGGCAUCAAUUUCAGAGUUCUUGCCAAACUGGUAACCAUGUACGACCUCUAACUUUUUGUCGUGGCCUUGACCUGUGACCCUGACCUGUAUGACCUAACGUCCAAUGGCAGUACCAAAAGUCAUGCUUGUGUCAUGUCUUGCUUCAUUAUUAGUGCUUGGGGAAAGUCUCCAUCUUACAGAAGCGGUCUCAAUUGACCUCACAAAUGUCACAUGUGCAGAACCGCCGCACGUGGUAGAGGAUGAAGGAGCUUCGCUGACGUCAUACUACCUGACAUGGGACGGACGUACCCUUUCCAAGGACUGCAGGGUGGGAUUUAAUCUGACAGAUAUGGACACUUUCCAAAUAUGUGUUAACAUCGAAACAUUUUCAUUGGAGGCGUGUGCUUUUCAUAUGCAGUAUUUUGAAGGUUCGGCUUCAGAUUUAAAGCAGACAGUUAACUGUGACACCGCGAAAAAGGAAUAUUGUUCUCAAUCUAACGAACUUUACAUCAAGUUUACGGUGUCCCAUCAGACGGCGUCCAGGGUGGCCAUAACAAUAGCUCCCCACGUCAGAACCGAUAAAUCAGUUUUGAUAGCCAUUGGAUGCGUCCUCACCGUUGCCACAUUUUGUGCCUUUUUCGUAACCAUGUACGCCUUGAGGAGAAACGCAAGAACUGAGGGGAAAUCGUGUAUAGUGUGGAAGUGUCUUGAUGUGUGUAUACCAGAGAAAGAUCUUCAACCUUCCUCAACACUUGACUUUUCAUUACAGACAAUCACUGUUCCAUUUGUAGACUAUUCACAAGAUCAGGGCUCACGAAGAGAGGUAGAGUCCAUAUCUGAAACAAUAUCCGAUCCACCUCCUCCCUAUGAACCCCCUCCCCCUUCCUACGAGGAGGUGCACAAUCCAAAGUUUGAGGGGCGGAUAAAUAUACAAAACUGUGCAAUCGAUGACGUCAGAACUGAACUGACAUAUUCAGGAAUCACGUUAUAGUGCACUCUACCGGAUAUCCGGUAAAAUUUUGUGAUAAUGAUAGGAAACAACGGAGAGUUUUUCUGGCAAUUACAAUGUACAAUGUACAAUUUGACAACUAGCAGCUUGUACUAGAACGUGCCAGGAAACGUUACAUUUUGUUUAUGUACCAACAUUAUCAACCCAAUGCCAGUAAUCUAUACAUUUUGUCUAUGUACCAACAUUAUCAACCCAGUGCCAGUAAUCUAUACAUUUUGUCUAUGUACCAACAUUAUCAACCCAAUGCCAGCAGUUUUUGAAGACUGGAGUAUUUAAGUAACAUGAUUUUUUUAUAUAUUUUUUUUUUUUUGCUUUCCCUAAAUGUCCCUAAAAGGAUGUAAUAUACAAUAUGGUCCUUGUGGUACGUGGUAUGAGACCUGGAUACUGUUGAUAACCAACGUAAGUUGUGGAAUGUUUCUCACCAGCAAGUUAAUAAGAUGCCUGAAAGUUAAUUGCUAGGAAAGCAAUAUUUUAACCAUAAUUCCGGUUUCUGACCGUGAAAAUCAUGACGCCACAAAACACUAGAACCUCAUUUUUUUUCAACCAAUGAAAACAUUUCCAGGAUUUAUAUUUGGUAUAAACCAAGGUAAUCCAUCACUCCCACUGGUUUCUAUACAAUGGUAGGGAUACAAGGUAGAGCCAUGUCUCUAUGUCUAUCUGUGUAUAGAAUUUACGGUUAUUAUAUGUAAUCCAAUACAAUUGUUAUGCAAAAUAUUAGUAAUAGUGGCUAAAUUAAAUAAAUUUACUUUGUUAUUAUUAUCAAAGUUUUACUUCAUACACAAACUCGUAUUAAACGUAUACUGUGUGUAGAAAGUGAAACCUUGAUAUUACAUGUUUCCAAACUGAUGAAUCUUUUUGAAGACGUCUGUAAUUUAUAAUUCAAUUAUUUCAUUCAGCACUAGGCAGCCACGUCUGAUUUCUAGAUCAUAUAACCUGUUUGUGUUUAUAUGUUAUAACAAGCAUCUAGUUCGGAUAAUUAAAUACUCAUUUUUAUAUUCAGUGUAAAACGACCGCGCCAUGUUUAUAAUAACGUAACGGAAUAGCUUCAGGAAUGUAUUACAGUUAUACAUUAUUUAGCAAAACACUCUAUUAUAAUUAAUAAUAGUGAAAUAAUUUAUUACUGAUUGAUUAUGUUAUUGAACUUUUGUAUAUCAAUGUGAGUUGAUUUUUGUCCGAAUUUUGUUGAGGCGAAAAAAGUCGUCAACUUCAGCAAUGAAUGCUCUUAACCGUUAAUGCUUGUAUGUCUAUAUAUAUUUUGUAACAAUUUCCAAUAAAACGACACAA